UAUGAAACUGUCCAGGUGGUUAAGGUCAACGUGUUCUCUCGAUGUUCGGGACAAUGAUUGGUUUUAACAAAGUCAGACGGGUCUCGCUUGGUAAACAACAAUGACCUGCUUCCCUCUGGGGCCAUUCAAACAGAGAAAAAAAAAUAUGAUGAUUUAGUUUUGUUGCUCCUGUGGCCGAAGAGCAAGCUCCCUGCCCGAGGUACCGUAUCUAUACUGCGGUACUCAACAUGUUAAGAAUGACGGCAAAGACCAAUAAUAAGUCCUGCCGACACUUACUAUCCCACGGAUCCCGCCUAAAUAUCAACAAAUUCGGGAUGUGACUGCCCUGCAGCCUGUCAAGAAAGUGAAACUGAAACACACGGACACCCGUUCCUUGUGCCGCUAAAGGUUCCGUGGAGCCGAGCGCAGAGGACAAGGAUACUCCAGAGCGUUGUUGGGCUUGUCGGUUUCUUCGUAAAGUGCCACUAAAACUGGGAUAAAGGUGAGAGCAGAUUUUCCUGGACGCCAUGGCUCACUGACGUCAUUUUACUGACUUGAUACUGCUGCGUCAGCCGACUGCCAUGCCGCUACCGAAUGGCUGCUCCAUCAACUCAGCCCCGUUGGACGACGGCGAGGACGGUGAGCCGCUCAUCGAGACCGGUGCAGCUCCUCCUCAGUGCUGCUCGGCUCGCCUCAACCUCGCCGUCCUCAUGUUCUUCGGGUUCACCGUGGUCUACGGCCUCCGUGUCAACCUCAGUGUUGCCAUGGUCGCCAUGGUGAACACCACCGGCCCCAGACCGGCGCCGAACAGCUCCAUCGUCCGCGCCUGUCCGCUGCCGGCGGGGACGGAAAACACCAGUGACACUUUCCUACAGCCUGAGGGGAUCCCUCAGUACCCGUGGGACUCGGAGACUCAGGGCUGGCUGCUGGGGGCCUUCUUCUUCGGCUACCUGCUCACACAGAUCCCGGGAGGUUACCUGGCCGGUCACUACGGGGGGACUAUCUUCCUGGGCUUGGGUGUGCUGGGCACGGCCGUCCUCACUCUCCUCACCCCUCUGGCUGCUCAGUUCGGGUCGUACUGGCUGUUUGCACUCCGGGCCCUGGAGGGCUUUGGGGAGGGUGUGACGUUCCCGGCCAUGAUGGCAAUGUGGGCUCGGUGGGCCCCUCCUCUGGAGCGCUCUCGCCUGAUUACCCUGUCGGGAUCCGGGGGCAACUUUGGGGCCUUUCUGGCUCUGCCGCUCACCGGCUACAUCUGCCAAACACUGGGCUGGCCCGCUGUCUUCUACCUCUGUGGGGGCGCUGGUUGCCUCUGGGCCGUCUUUUGGUUUGUUUUUGUGUCGGAUGACCCUCGCACCCAUCGUCGAAUCAGCGAAGCGGAGAGAGACUACAUCGUAAACUCUAUUGGACCUCAGGGUACAGGUCACGGCUGGUCCGUGCCCAUGCUGCCCAUGCUGCUGUCGGUCCCUCUGUGGGCGAUCAUCAUCACCCAGAUGUGCUCCAACUGGUCCUACUACACUCUGCUCACCUCUCUGCCCACCUACAUGGACAGCAUCCUGCACUUCGACCUCAAAUCGAAUGGUUUCCUGUCCGCCCUGCCGUACCUCGGGGGCUGGUUGGUCUCCACGCUGUCGGGUGUCGUGGCAGACAGCCUCAUCGAGAAGAGGGUGUUCAGCGUCACCGUCGUACGCAAGCUCUUUACGCUCUCAGGUAUGUUGCUCCCUGCAGCUUUCCUCGUGGCUGUGAGCUACGCCGGCUGCAGCCACAUCCUCACCGUCACCUUCCUCACACUCUCCACAACCACAGGGGGGAUCAGCGCCUCCGGAGUCUUCAUCAACCAGAUAGACAUCGCUCCUCGAUAUGCAGGAUUUCUUCUGGGAAUCACCAACACGUUCGGGACCAUCCCUGGUGUGGUGGCACCGAUUGCCACAGGAUACUUUACAGAAGAUCACACCCUGGCGGGCUGGAGGACGGUGUUCUGGGUGGCAGCCGGGAUGAACGUCGGCGGCGCCCUCGUCUACACGAUAUUCGCCAGCGGGAAGAUUCAGCCCUGGGCCGUCACGGAGGAGGAGAGGGCAGAGGCCGAGAAAAGGAGGAGCAGGUCCAGCUCGGCACAAACGUAAACGCAUCCAGCACCGGCGUUAUGCGAAGACGAACAAGGUCGGCAGAUGAAAUACAGCUUUAAAAGACCAAUAUACAGUUACAGGAUAUAUUUUAACCCGGCGUACUGAGUGCAGCAGGAGAGACUACUUCUACUUCUGUACAUUGAAUAUAUGCAGUAUUCACACUUAACAAAACGAAGAGUGUGAGAGAUUUAUCUCCACAGCAAAGACAGACAUCAAAAAGAGGCGGCUGGAGAACAAAAUUAUCAGCUGAACAGGGAAAAACAUCCAUAUCAUCAAAGCAGGAUAUUUUGGCCAUUUUUAUCUAUAUUCUGUAGCUGUGUUUCUGGUCUUUCAAAGUUAAAACGCAGAUGAGCUUUUGGACUAAUUUUUACAGCAGUUUGAGCAGAGAGAUUGAAAUUUUGGAGCAGUUUUACCCCUCAAAAUCACAUCUGAGCCACAUUUUUGAGGGUGGUAAGAAAAAAGCCGAUGGAUGUUAUGACUGCGUCGAAGCCAAAGAGACAGAUUUCCUAUUUGCACUGACAUGAUUCAACACCUGCUGGGUACUCACUGCUGUUACCAAUCAAGAAAUUGUUAUUUCUUUUACUUUUGCUCUGUUUACUGUUGUAAAGGUACAACUCCUUGCAUCGGACCAAUAUUUAAAUUACAACCAGCGAUAUUUGCACUGUAUAAUUCACACAGCACCUCAGGUUAGACCAGAUCAGAUCAGUCAAAUCUGUGGGAUCUUUUUCUUAUACUUUCCAGCUUUUCUUGGACAGUGAAGGAAAUGGGACCGACUGUCUUAUGAUCAAACCACAUUGCCUGUAGCGGCUUCGUUUACGGCUUUGUCUGUUUUCUGACCACUUUUUACAAAAGAAGCACUUUCCACGCACAGAAAUACGCCACGAGCCUUGUAUUUGAUAAGAGUGCCAAUAUUUAGCAAAAUCAAAUUUCCAACAGAAGGUUUUUUUUCCAGUAUUUAGAAAGCUAAGGUGCUUUAGUCUCGGAAAACCAAAGCGCCUUCCACUGCCAGGAUUUUAACAUUUUUAGUGUCAGUACCAUGCAAAAUUAAUUUCUUAGAUCACUGUGCACUUCUGUGUUCAGUUUCCAAGGAAUGACUGGAUUUUGCCUUUUUUUCAGCUCACUUUCCCAUCAGGAUGCUGCAUUUCGUUGCUAAUUUCUUCAGCUACAAUAACUACUGCAAUUUUUAUGCAACAUAGGUCGUUUUAAAAAAUCUCACCCUUUGUGUAAACUCGUGCAGUGUGUCAAAGAGCACUGUGAUGAAUGUGAAGAUAUGAUGUUUUUAAACGGAUGCAAUAAUGUAUUUACCUUCUCUGCACUUUGAAAAUGUGCCAUGUGAUACACGUAUGUGUGUGUUUUAGGCUACUCUGUUGUAAAAAAGAAUCAAAUUUGUUUUACUGAGAGGAAAAAAAAAUAAAA